CAGGGCCUCGGAUCCCAAAUAAGGGCCUUUGGGGUUUUCUGGGUGGGGGGAUAUCAUAGGCCGGUGACCAAGCAAGCCUGGUCAUCUGGGGCUAGGAAAGCUGACUUCCUGCAGCCUCAGCCUGGUGGGACCCAAAGGGGCAUGUCUGGCUCUGGAGGUGGAGGCUGCUGGUGGCCACAGAAACCUCCACUUGAGGGUUUGACCUGAGUCCCCUUAGCAUGGGGUGCCAGGGAGGGGCCAAUGGUGGUGGCUGUGGUGGGCAGAUGGGAGGAGGGUGGUGCCUGGCCAGCCGCCUGACUCAGUGUCCCCACCCUCACCUACCAGACAUUCUAACAGAGGAUGACGUUUACUGCAGCUGCCUGGCCAAGACACUCUGCCACGUGCCCGUCCCUGUGACCGUGGGUUUCUACGCCCCCUUUGGCUGCCGCCUGCACAUGAUGCUGGACAAGAUCACGGCGCUGAUGCAGCAGGAGGCGGCGCAACGCGAGAGCGAGGAGCUGGAGCACGUGCAGUGGCGACCGCGCGCCGUGAGCGGCUGGGGCGUCCCGCAGCUGCUGUGGUACCUGGUGUUCCUGCAGCCCAUCAUCACCGAGGUGCACCUGCGGCGCAGGAACGUGCAGUUCCUCUUCAUCCGCUUUAGCGCCUGGCAGUAUGCGGGCACCGACAAGCUGUGGGCCGGCCUGGUGACCACGCUGUGCGAGGGCAUCCGCCACCACUACGGCGCGCUGCCCUUCAGCGUGUACUCGGUGCUGGGCAACAAGCCGGCCACCAGGCAGGGCUGCUGCCACAACGAGUGGCACUGCCGGCGCCGUGUGUGCCUGGGGCUGCUGGCGCUGCUGGCGGCGCUGGGCCUGGGCGUGGGGCUGCUCUACCUGUCCCUGGGCGGCCACGCGCCGGGCCACGGCGGUCCGAACGGCAGCCUGCUCAAGGUGUUCGGCGGCGCGGCCACCACGCUGUCGGGCUCGGGGCUGCUCAUGGCCGUGUACUCGGUGGGCAAGCAUCUGUUCGUGAGCCAGCGCAAGAAGAUCGAGCGGCUGGUGUCGCGCGAGAAGUUCGGCAGCCAGCUGGGCUUCAUGUGCGAGGUGAAGAAGGAGGUGGAGCUGCUCACCGACUUCCUGUGCUUCCUGGAGAUCUACCAGCGGCGCCGGCUGCGCGUGGUGCUGGAGGUCACCGGGCUGGACACGUGCUACCCGGAGCGCGUGGUGGGCGUGCUCAACGCCAUCAACACGCUGCUGUCCGACAGCCACGCGCCCUUCAUCUUCAUCCUGGUCGUGGACCCCAGCAUCCUGGCCGCGUGCCUGGAGAGCGCGGGCAACAUGAAGGGCACGGCCGACAACGGCUACCUCUUCCUCAACCGCACGGUCACGCUGCCCUUCUCCGUGCCCAUCAUGGGCCGCCGCACCAAGCUGCAGUUCCUGCACGACGCCGUGCAGAGCCGCGACGACCUGCUGUAUCGCGAGAUCACGCGCAAGCCGGGGGCUGCCGGGGGCGGCGGGAGCGAGAGGGCGCAGCUGCUGGCGGUGCAGACGCAGGUGGUCCCCGAGCGCCGGCAGGGCAGCAUCGACGCGGAGGCGGCGCGGCGCAUCCAGGAGGCGCUCUUCUGCCUGCACGACGAGCGCGACUGCCUCUACGAGUACGUGCCCGACAACGUGGUGUCCAUGCGGCGCAUCGUCAACACCGUGCCCAUCACCGUGCGCCUGCUGCAGCAGCAGCAGCAGCAGGGUGACUUCGGGGGCCCCACGCCGCGCCAGGCGGUGGCGUGGGUGGUGCUCGCCAACCAGUGGCCGUGCCGCCUGAGCUGGGCGCUGCAGUGCCUGGAGGACCGGCAGCAGACCGGGGGCGCUCCCGAAGGUCGCGCGCGCCUCUGGGACGUGUUCCGCGACAACAGCCGCGAGCUGCACACCAUGACCAAGGCGUUGCAGAAUGUGCUGGACCUGGACGGCGACCCCGAGCUCUUCGAGCGUUUCCUGGGCGCCGACUUCCCCUUCACCGUGGCCGAGGCGCAGAGCCUGCUGCGCUGCACUGUCAACCUGGACCACUCCAUCCGCCGGCGCAUGGGCCUCAUCCGAGCCGUCAGCGCGCUCAAGCCGCCCAGCCCGCCCAAAUCCCCUGCUCGCGAUGCCCCCCACGCUGCCCACCGGGCCAACAGCGCCUCUAGGGCGUCCCCGUCGGGCCGUGCCGCAGGGCAAGCCGGCGAAGGCCACCACGCUGGGGACGUGGCCCAUGCGGGACAAGCCAUGGCCAGUGGCCUGAGCGCUCUUCUGUCCAGGGGAAUCCAGGCCAGGUGGGCCCUGAAUGGAGGACUUGUCAGGCAGCAGGAGGCAAGGGCUCCUCCAUCUGCCCAGAUGGGGGAAUAGGGGACUGGACUGGGGCCACAGCCCAGGGUCCCAAUGAGGCCUGUGAAUCUGAGCCAGAGCCGUGGACAUAGCUUCCAGGAGCGGGGCUGUGAGCCAGUGCCAGUGUGAGAGCGGGUGCAGAAGGACCAGUGAGGAACUCGGUGUACGUGCAACAAAUGGAGUCGUUGAGAGCCCUGAGUUGGUCCUUACAUCCUGAUCUGACCAGGGACCAGGCCUGCCCCAUCCUGCCACCAGGGCCUGCCCUGCCCUGCCAAGCCCACUUCCUCCUCUGAGCCACACUGGCCUCCUCAGCUGGCAUCUCUGUGGCAGGAGGGGCUGCGGGGGCGGUGGGCAAGGUGGGUGAGGCUGCAGAGCUGGGAGAUGACAGGCGGAUGGGCUGGGUUGACUAAGGCAACAUGGAGCGCCCAGGCCUCAGGGAAUCCCAGUCCUUGUCCCCAUGCCCUAGCCUGCCCCUCUGUGAGCAGGGCAGGAGCUGGCAUUUCUGAGGGUGACCUCAGUGAACUCAGCAGUCUGCUCCACCCCCAGGAAGGCUCCACCCUCAAUGUAAUGGAUUAAUUAGAUCUUAUUGGCACCUCAGUCGAGUGGGGUGGGUGGCACUAACCUCCCCCAGAUAAAUAACUGUCCACAAGAUGCCUGCAUUACAAGUCACUCCAGGGCCACCCAAGGGCCACUGGUUAGUCACUGACACUACCGCACCAGCCCCUUGAUGAGGACAGGGAAGUUAAGCAGAGAUGAGGAUACAGGGCCCAAGUCAGCCAGGCAGGAGGGGUUACACUAGGGCUUCCCACCUUCCCUCUGGGUAAAGCCCUGGGCUGGUGGGUGGGUGUCGCUCCUCUGAGCAGUUCUUGAUUCCUCAUUGGUCCAAUGUUCAGCCACAUGCUCAAGCCCUGGGGUGCCUGGCCCAGUCCCAUGCAUGUGCAGGCAGGGGCCGCAGGGACCAACACUGAAUGUACCCCUGGGAUGAGGCUGACUUCUGAGCCAGGGCCCUGAGACUGGCGGAGGGAACAGUCCCUGAGGAACCCAAGAGCUCUGUAAAGGCACCCACCCUUCGGCCAUGGGGGCUGGGGUCACUGACCUCACAGUUCCUUAGCUCCAAGGCUGGGCACGGCAUCCAGG